AUGUGUGGGUGUCGGUUCCGCAGGUGGGCGAUCUUGACGGGGAGAAGGGGCCUGGGUAAGGUGCUGUUGGGUGCGGUGCUGCUGGGUAGGGUGCUGCUGGGUGGGGUGCUCCUGGGUGGGUCGGCAUGGUUGGGUGGGGCGGUGGGGACAGUAGAGGCAGCAGUGGAAGAGACGGUGGCAGGAGCAGUGGAGGGAUCAGCAUUGGUGGAAGCAGCAGCAGCAGGAGUAUGUACAUUGCGGGCUGCAAUCUUUCCACCGCUACUGCUGCUGCUGGUGCAGUUAUCACCAGAGCUCGAGCCGCUUACUGCCUCAGCAGAAGACAGAGAAGCUUCAGUUGCGGAGGCGGGAGGAGUUGAGGCCGGUGAGGAAUGGUCUGGGAAGGUUAUAUGGAAGGCCCGCAGUGACGUCAGCCACCUGGAUGUCCACAAAAAGCAGCUUGAUUCCCGCGGCGUCCUUGGCUUGGCAGACGGCAGAAAUAUCUCGCCAAUUGACGCACUCCACUUCAGCAAACUCCUCCAGGUCACCCCACUCGCUCUCCUCCGCUGUACCCCCACCAACCUGUUCCUCCUCGUUGCCCUCGGAGCGGUCUUGGAGUUCCUCAUUGCCCCUCAUUGGCUGCUGGCGACCCACGUCUCUUAG